AUGAGUCUUUUCGUGAAAUAUGCCUUGCUGUCCAUCUUGAUUCGGAUCUUCUCGCCAUACCGGGGCCGCAUCAUGUUCAUCUAUGUUCUCCUCGGAUGCCUGACCAUCUACUACAUCAUCGCUGAAAUUGUCAAAAUCCGCAUGUGCGACCCUGUCCCGGCAUACUGGACGGGCGAACCGGCCAACUGUCUCGAUCAACGAGCUGCCUUGAUUGCCGACUCGGUUAUUAGCGUCGUUACCGAUAUUAUGAUCCUGGUCCUGCCGUUGCCGCUGACCUGGUCGCUACAAAUGUCGCGGAGCAAGAAGCUCCGAGUCAUCGGCAUGUUGUCCGCGGGAGGACUCGCCACGGCCUUCAGUGUAUACCGACUGAUCCUGGUUUUGAAAGACGGCAGUUCGCCCAAUGCGACAGUAAUGUUUAUGUGUGUGAUUCUUUCAGGUAACGCGGAAGGAGGAGUCGGCCUCAUCUGCGCCUGUCUCCCGACGAUGAAUAUCUUGAUCAACAAAAUCCGCAAAGCCGGCUACAGCUACGGCUCGAACAAGUACUACCGGGACGAGUCGUCGAUGCACCUCAGCAAAAUGAAAGGCGCCAACGCCAAGGGAUUCUCCACCAUCGGAUCGAAGACUUCCAGAACCGAGCCCGAGUUUGGCACCGACCAGAGCCAUCUGAUUUCGUACGCAGGAGCAGUAGACAUGAACGCCACCGGUGAUGGCGGAAUCCAUAAGACCGUUGACGUAUCGCAAACAGUGGAGGUGUUGUCUGGAGAAGCGUCCUCGAGCCAUUCCGACGACCAUCAUAUGCGGUUUUAG